AAACCACUUCAAGAUGCACUUCCUCUUCAUUGGCGGAACAGGCCGCAACGGGUCCUUGGCUGUCCAAGAAGCUCUCUCUCGAGGCCACACAGUCACUGCCCUUGUCCGCAACACAAACUCCGCCAAACUCCCCUCUCAUUCCAACCUCACCCUCGUUCAGGGUACACCAACUUCAGAGUCAGACAUCGUCAAGGCUCUUACAACUCCUCAACCUCCCCAAGUAGUCAUCUCAGCUCUCGCCCAAGUCAGAGUUACAGAGUCGCCUUUCGCAGCUCUUCACCCUGAUACCACACCCGAUUUCAUGGCUGUUAGCAUGCGCGCUCUCCUCGCUGCUAUCGCCCAAACAAACAUCUCCCCAAAGAUUGUUGUGAACUCAGCACAAGGUGCUGGCUCAUCGUGGCGCUCGAUGAAUCUUCCUGGCAAGAUGAUCUUUAGCCAUGGAAGCAUGGGUAUUGGCCUCAAGGAUCAUAACGAAGUUGACCGUAUGGUACGAGAGAGUGGUUUGACUUUUGUUCUUUCUCGACCGGUUAUGCUUGCGGAGGGUGAGGCUCAGCCUGUUAAGGUCUGGCCUGAUGAUGGAAAGGGCUGUGCUUGGAUGCCCAAGAUUACUAGGGGGACUGUUGGGAAGUGGCUGGUUGAUGCAGCUGAGAGCAGUGAGUGGGAUGGACAGUCACCUGUCCUUAGCAACUAAAACGUUGAGACAAAUCUUCGGAGGCAUUAGUUCGUUUGGG